GUUAUUUAUCAGCUCCGGACAAUACAAUAGCCAUCGGAUUAUUGACCGUAACACGGUUACGCUAAGUUACGUCACCUAGGGAUAUACGAUUUAACGUGUUUGGACGCAGAUCGAUUUGAUCAACAGACGAAGCAUAUGUUCGUGCAACCCUACACAGAUGACCAACUGAGGAACAUUAAAACUCUCCCAAGAGCUAGAUGCACAACUAGGGAAUGAAAAUGGAGGAAGAAUCUUCAUCUGUUUCCAGUUGUUUGCUGGAGGGACUUCGUAAAAUGUACAAAUCUCAGCGGUUCACUGACGUCAUCAUCAACGUCGAGAACCAGUCUUUUCGGUGUCAUCGGGUCAUACUGUCGUCUGUUUCUCCGUACUUCGACGCCAUGUUUUCUUCUGGCAUGAAAGAAUCCAACUCCAUGGAAAUAAGUCUUCAUAAAACCAGCUCGAAAUUAUUUCAUGACAUUCUUCAGUAUGUGUAUUUGGGGAAAGACAUCGUAAAGUCUGAUACGGUUGGGGAUCUUCUGCAGAUUUCCUCGAUGCUUCAAAUCACGUGUUUGCAGAUCAAAUGUGAAGAUUACAUUACGAGAAACAUAGACGUUCACAACUGCAUAGGAGUCUGGAAACUAGGGAAAUCACAUAAUAUUGAAAAACUAGUAGACAAUAGCCAUCCAUUUAUUUUGAACAACUUCGAAGACGUUUGGGAAAGCAACGACUUUUUGAAACUUGAAAAGGACGAAUUGGAAAACCUUAUUCGUGACGAAAGGCUAAAUGUCUCUGGCGAAGAGGUCGUCUGCAAGGCCCUUUUUAACUGGAUAGCAGCAGACGAGGCUCGAAGGAAAAUAGCAUUUCCGGAGCUCUUUGAACAUAUUCGACUCACCUCAAUCAAUCUUGAAUUCUUACUGGAUCAAGUUGAUCAGCAUCAUAUGGUUCUUGAACACAGUGCUUGUCGAACAGCGGUGAAAAAUGCCAUCAAAUAUCAUGCAUUGCCGUCAAGGCGCCAAGAGCUGACUUGGGACGAGAAACCUUAUCGGAUCAACACAGAACAGGAACAGAUUCUGGCAAUUGUGGGGAAACGCCUUUCAGGCAAUGACACGAUUGUCACAGAAUUUGUUGGAUACAGUUUUGCAAACAAAAAAUGGGUUGCACUUCAACCUAUCGUUGCCGACAUUGGAGAAGACUUUGCAGUUUGCUCUUAUGGUCAUGACAUCUUCAUUACCGGCGGAACAACGAAUAUGACGAGUUGUAUAAGAUAUUCUGCAAAAUUGUCGCAGUGGCGGGAAAGAUCUUCUAUGCAAUAUGGUCGAUACAGACAUUCAAUGGUGGCAAUGUCGGACUCGUUGUUUGUCUUUGGUGGUUACAACUUUGGAACCUUAAACAGCGUCGAACAAUAUGACAUGGGAACUGAAGCAUGGAAACAAGUUGGGGAACUACAUUUUGGAGUAGACAGUAGCUCUGCAGCGGUGAUAGGCGAAAAUGUCUACAUCUUUGGGGGUAGUCUUGGCUUUACCGAGGAAACCGCGGGAAUACAGUGCUUUAACACCAAGACUUACACGUGCUCAUUGAUUGCUAACCUUCCAACACCACCUAAAUUCAGCAGUGCUAUAAAAUUUGCCGACGUUGUAUAUGUCGUCUGCGAUAAUGGAGAGGUGAUAUCUUUCAGUGCUAAUGAAGGGCAUCGAGUAACUCAUAGGAUCAAGAAGUUCUCGAGGAAGAACUUCGGGCUCUUCAUCGAUAAAGGAACACCAUGUAUCAUUGGAGGGAACCAGAACGUGUUUUCUGACGAAGAUAAACUUUGUUCUGACGUGAUCAAGAUCGCGGAAGAGCCCAGCACACAUGAUAGCCUUGAACUCCCAUUUCCAAUGGAGGUUAUCAACUGUGUGCGAACUGUUGUUGCGAGGAAGUAUCCUCUUUUGGAAUGUCGGUCCUUAAUCCGAGAAUUUGUAGACGUGGACUGAUCUUUGCGAAAGAUUGUCCACACAAAUCACUGAAAACAGACUGCGUCCCUUAUAGCUCAGAAGAAUGCAUAAAAUUGUCCCAUUGUCUAUAUUUCCUCCAACAACAAUUGACAUUUAUUUUCAAUGGUGUAUACUAGUUAAUAAUCAUAACUAUUUAUUUAUUUUAAAAAGUAUUUAUUUAUUUGUGUGCAGCACCGUUGUGAUCUAAGUUCUGUUUUGUAAAUCGCUCAUACUUUUGAUUUAAUCCACGGACACCUCACUUAUGGAUGGUCUAACCCCCUCCCCCUCUUAUUUAAUAAAAUUCUCAAAG